AUGGCUGAAACAGGUGAGUAUAUUCAUUCGAAUGUUAAUGCGAAUACAGCAAAUGUUAAUAUUGAAUUAGCAGCUCGUGAACCUUGGCCAACAAACGCUUGUCUCUAUGUACCACUGAAAGAACAAAUGAUUCUUUGGGCACCUGAUUGUUUAAGUACUUUAUGUUUAUUACGUAAAGUACGUGUUCCAUCUUUACAUAUUGAACAUGUUCGAAAUGCAGCCGAAAUGUCUAAUUAUGGUAAAUAA